CUCGGCUGAACUGAGAGGUACAGCACACCGGAUGAGAAGUUCAAGUUGUUCCCCUGGCUGCACUGAGGGUGAAGUGUCUAAGAUAAUUGUUAUUAUGAGGAUCCGAGCGCCCUGUCAUAAGAGUACUUGUGCAUGUUCCCAUGUUCUCAUAUUUUGUUUGUGAAAAAAUGCCAUUCAAGAGGAGAUACAUUCUUGCAUCUGAUACAACACCCAGUAUUCUAAAUAGUUUUAUCUGGUUCUGCUAGACUCAGAUGGGGACAAUGCAUUUAUCACGGAUAGAAAAGCCAUACUUUUUCCUCCUUUUACUUUUUUCUCAGUGUUUGUUUAUUUUAAUGUUAUAUCGACGCGGAGCAACAAACACUCUGCGUGGGUGGUUUGGAUCUUAUCCGUACUGGGACUACUCAAAAACCCAAGAUGUGUACACAAACCUCAGUCUGUUCAUACCAGAUCCAGAUGCUGUGAAAACACAGUAUUGCCCCGUACGCUCGCCGAUUCUCGUUGGCCCAAUUACCAUUGACUUCAGCAAUCUCCCUAGCCUAAAGAAGAUUAAAAGGAAGAACCCUUACGUGAAGUCUGGCGGCUAUUUCAGUCCCAGACACUGCUUCGGGCGCUACAGAACAGCUGUGGUCAUACCACACCGGAGCAGGGAGCGGCAUCUUCAGUACCUGCUUUAUUACCUGCACCCCUUCCUGCAACGACAGCAGCUACACUACGCCAUCUUUGUAGUACACCAGGCAGGAAAUAGCACAUUUAAUCGGGCUAAGCUCCUUAACAUUGGCGUAAGAGAAGCACUAAAACUGGAUGAUUGGGACUGUCUGAUCUUGCAUGAUGUGGACCUUGUGCCCGAGAAUGAUUUCAACUUCUACGUUUGUGAUGAAUAUUCACCAAAACACUUAGCCAGCGCCAUGGACAAGUUCAUGUAUAGCUUACCUUAUUGGAAGUAUUUUGGAGGCGUUUCAGCUCUAACACCAGAUCAGUACAUGAGGAUAAAUGGAUUCCCCAACACGUACUGGGGCUGGGGAGGAGAAGACGACGAUAUUGAAAUGAGGAUUCGUUUAUCAGGAAUGAGUAUUACACGAAAUCCGUCCAGCGUUGGCCGUUACAAAAUGGUUCCACAUGAUCGUGAUAUCGGCAAUGAGGAAAAUGCAGAAAGACAUGACCUCUUGAGAAAUACCAGGAAGACAUGGAGAGAAGAUGGGAUGAAUUCUCUAAAUUUUAAUCUGAUUUCCCGAACCGAGACACCACUUUAUACCAACAUCACUGUUGAUAUUGGAGUUGCGUCUGUGCAGACCACUAAACCACACACGUGAAAUCUAUUUUAAGACACUAGAAACUGUAUUUGUUGAACUUAAGAAUUGAAUUUCCGUCCAUUCCCAUAUACAGUAUUCCUACCUCGGACAAACUCAAAUUAUGUGCCUUUUUCUUUGGUCCUUGGAAGGUAGAAUUGCCUCUGUCCAGGGAAAAAACAAGGUAAAUGUUAUCUAACCAGAGGAUUAUAUGUGCACAAGUAAUUGAUGAAGGAAAGAUUAGCUUGAAGCUUAUUUGGAUUGUACAGAAUACAGUAAAAAAAUGGAAAAAAUCAAUUCUUUAAUUCAUUAGUAAUUUUGUUUACCGCACUGAUGUAUUUAGCAAACUAUGUGUUAUCUCUCAAAGGCCAAUGAGUCAAUUAAUAGCAGAUACAAUGUCUUGCUCGGAGGUUGCAAGUCUGUAUGUUUAACCUGUUUGUGAGAAUGAUAUACAUAGUUACUAAGGGACAUAAGUGAUAAAUUAGAGCAUCUGAAUUUUCUAUUCUAAUUUUUUAAAUGUGGAUUUCUUCUUCUGAGUGUGGUGUUUGGAAUUGAAUUCUAGAUGCUGGGCUGGUACAAUAAUCAUCUUCCAGUGUACCAGGACAUUAAAUUAAGUGCCUAGUAAUAUUUUGUUCUGCAGUGCAGGACCAAGCUCAUUUCCCAGUUUAUAUGGUGUUUGUUUUUGUUUUUAACUUAUUAAAUAAGAAUGAUCUUCCAA